AUCACUGCCAUUAAAUACUUGGCAUGAAUAUAAAAUAUCUUACACAGAAGUUAAGAACUUAUCUUUCACAUACAUUUUCGUCUAAUAUAUAUUCCAUAGUAAACAGAACAACAUCUUUUCAUUCAUCAGCGGUUGUGACUAACAACAUGUCCAGCACUUCUGGUCUUGUGAUCCCCUGCAAAGCUGCUGUUUCAUGGGAAGCAGGGAAACCGUUGGUGAUAGAACGUGUGGAGGUGGCACCACCACAGGUGAUGGAAGUGAGGAUCAAAGUCAAAUAUACCUCACUUUGCCACACUGAUCUUUACUUCUGGGAAGCCAAGGGGCACACUCCUCUGUUUCCCCGGAUUUUUGGCCAUGAGGCAGCUGGAAUUGUGGAGAGUGUUGGAGAAGGGGUCUCAGAACUGCAGGUAGGGGAUCAUGUGCUACCUGUAUUCACUGGGGAAUGUGGUGAGUGUGCACAUUGCAAAUCUGAGGAAAGCAACAUGUGUGACCUGUUGCGAAUUGAUACAAACCGAGGAGUCAUGCAUAGUGAUGGUAAAAGCAGGUUCUCCAUUAAUGGUACCCCAAUAAACCACUUUGUUGGCACAUCAACUUUUAGUGAAUACACUGUGGUACAUUCUGGCUGCUUAGCAAAGAUCAAUCCACAAGCACCUAUGGAUAAAGUCUGUGUCCUCAGUUGUGGCAUCUCAACGGGAUUAGGAGCCGCUUUAAAUGUAGCAAAACCAAAGAAGGGCUCUACAGUAGCAAUCUUUGGGCUAGGAGCUGUUGGCCUUGCUGCUGCUGAGGGAGCAAGAAUAGCUGGUUCAUCUAGAAUUAUUGGAGUUGAUUUGAACCCAAAGAGGUUUGAGGAAGCCAAAAAGUUUGGAGUAACUGAGUUUGUGAAUCCCAAGGACUACGAUAAGCCGGUUCAACAGGUAAUUGCAGAUAUGACAAAUGGAGGAGUUGAUAGAAGUAUAGAGUGCACUGGAAACAUCAAUGCCAUGAUAUCCGCUUUCGAAUGUGUUCAUGAUGGGUGGGGUGUUGCUGUGCUUGUUGGAGUACCCAACAAGGAUGCGGUUUUCAUGACCAAGCCCAUUAAUGUGCUCAACGAAAGAACACUCAAGGGAACUUUCUUUGGAAAUUACAAGCCCAGGACUGACCUCCCUUACGUUGUUGAAAUGUAUAUGAAUAAGAAAUUGGAACUGGACAAGUUUAUAACCCAUAGAGUUCCUUUCUCCGAUAUCAACAAGGCAUUUGAAUUAAUGUUGAAAGGAGAGGGACUAAGGUGUAUCAUUAGCAUGGAAGACUAGAAAAGUGAUACAAGAAUAAUAGAAUUAUAGUUCAGUUUGGAUAAAAUUUUCAUAAGUAAUUGUACGAGAUAAAAAUAAAGAAGUGAAAUGAAUUUACCUCCUUCUAUAAAUUAAAAUCAAUAUUCAAGAUUCAUUACAUUUGUAAGAUGUUUUAACUACGAUGUAAUAAAUGUUUCAUGUUUCUCCAAAUACUAAAAAUGAGUAGGCUUCACCUCGAGAAGCAUGUGAAAUAAAAUCUAGACAAAUUUUCUAAGUGAAAAUUUAUAUAAUUUUCUUUAGUAUCUAUUAUAGAUAAACAAUGUAUAAUCUUUUCAUUUGGGAUCACUGCUUUUAACAGUGUUUUUUAAUUUAUAUUUAGAUUGCC